ACUGCACCUCUACUCCGGCCGUGUAAAAACAUACCCAGCACUCCGGCCCCACGCGGAUCCAGAGUAGAAUUCAAAAGAACGCGUUUGCAUUUCCUACCAGCACCCUUCGUCAUACAAGGGACGAAGAAGCGGACACCACUAAGACAGUGAUGGCUCUACAGAGGACCCAUUCAUUGGUUCUGUUCUUGCUGCUGAUCCUGCUGGAGCUGUUGCUGGUGCAGCCCUCCUGUGGCCAGAACCACAUGUACCAACGAUUCCUGCGGCAGCACGUGGACCCUCAGGGGACAGGAGGCAAUGAUGGCUACUGCAACUUGAUGAUGCAGAGACGGAAGAUGACUUUGCAUCAGUGCAAGCACUUCAACAGCUUCAUCCAUGAAGACAUCUGGAACAUUCGUAGUAUCUGCAGCACCGCCAAUAUCCAAUGCAAGAAUGGCAAGAUGAACUGCCAUGAGGGUGUAGUGAAGGUCACAGAUUGCAGGGAGACAGGAGGUUCUAAGGCUCCCAACUGUAGAUAUAGGGCCAUGGCCAGCACCAGACGAGUUGUCAUUGCUUGUGAGGGUAAUCCGGAGGUGCCUGUGCACUUUGACAGAUAGAUGCCACCUUGCAGGGGUUAGAGCCCAUUGCUUGGCCUUUAACUUACUCCUUGAAUAGCAAUGAGUAAUGCAUUUGAGCUGUCCCAGGCUCUAAUUCCUCUGCUUAUUUCUCAUUCUUUUUCUUUAUAUAACCCAUUCUGUUAACUACAUAGUAUCAAAGAAAAAUGGAGACAUAAAACUACGAGUCUCUGCUUUUUUAAAUAAUAAGCUUCCUAUAAUAAUACUGGUUGACUUAGCUCUUUCAGAUCCUAUUCUGUGGAAUUUAAUCAUUACAUGUAUUUAUAUAGUAUUUCGAACAUUUCAAGGUCACCUCAUUUUAAUACCAUAGCAACUCUGUGAUGCUGAUGUUGCUGUUAUAUACAAGAGCUAGAAACUAAGUGAUUUGCUGAAGGCCAUAAAGUUAGUGACACAAAAAUCCAGUUUCACUGUCUACUCAUGCAAUACUUUUUGCAUGUCAUUACAAGGGGUGUUUUGAAAUUAUCUGCUUUUUAUUAUCUCCAAAAGUUGGCUGUUGGGAGAAACUUUUAAAAAUUUGGAAAUAUAUACUGACAAAAUGAGAGCUCUGUCUAUGUAAUUUGGCAUUGUUGUUGUAUUUGGGUCUGAUAAGAUCAAGACAUAAUGUAAGAAAUUUUCUUUUUCUUCCCAGACUUUUGAAUCACCCUAGUAAAUCAAUGUAUUAAGACUCACUAGCUCUUCCUGACAGAAUUUUCAUGUUCCCUGUAAUAAAGAGCUUACACUACAGGUAUCUGA